AACCCAAACCCAGCAGCGCUCAGUUUUCCCCUGCAGAAGACCCGCACCACGUGCUCCUCCUGCGAUUCUCAUGGCGAACUCUAAAAAGUUGGAUGAGGAUCGGAAUCAGGUCUCCGAGCCCGCCGGAGGUUCCGCCGCGCUGUUCCCGGCCGCGGGCAGGGACGCCCCGGUCUCAGCCAGCCUGCUGCCGUCGUUCGCGGCGGCCUGUGCGCUGGUGCAGGCGCCCUACUCCUGCCUGGUCCUGGAGUCGCACCGCAGACACGUCGUCCUGCCGCCCGCCUUCAUCAAGAGGAAAAAGACCGGCAUCCAGGAGGAGCUGAACUCAGAACUGCUCAAAUACUCCAGCAGUUUGAUAGGUGUGCCAUUGGCGUAUGAUCACAUCAAAAUCGUAGGACAAUACGGGGACAUAUUCGACGACCAAGGUUUCAUCCACCUAAACAUCGAGGCCUCGUUUGUCGUCUUCAAACCAAAGAAAGGAGAUAAGCUUGUGGGUGUGAUAAAUAAAAUGGCGGUGGGUCACGUGGGCUGUCUGGUGCACGGCUGCUUUAACGCCUGUGUAAUGAAGCCACAUCUUCUGACCCCGGAGCAAUGGAGAGACUCUGGGUUUAAGGUUGGAGACCAUCUGGAGUUUGAAGUGUUUCAGCUGGACGCUGAUGUGGCUGGCGUCCUUCUGAUCAGAGGAAGACUGGAAAAAUACAGGGUGAAUGAGCUUGUUGCUGCAGUCAGCAGUACAGAAAUGGAGGAACAGAGAACAACCGAAGAAGCAGCAGCUGAACCAGAAUCAGCUCCUAAAGACGAAGGCACAGAGGACAUGGACUCCUCGAAGCCCAAAAAGAAGAAGAAGAAGAAAAAGAACAAAGAACUAGACUCGGAGACAAUGGAGGACAACGGCAACCAGGUGGCUGAGAUGGAGACACUUGAUUUUAACAGCAACGGAAUAAAGGUAAAACCUGAUUCUGACGGCCCUUCACAAGAGAAGGAGAAAGAGAAGAAGAAAAAGAAGAAGAAAGAUAAAAGGCACGAGGCAGAUGAAGAAAUGCCUUUAAACACUGAGCUCCUAAACAGCGACUCCAGCGGAUAUUUAAGCGACAAGAGUAAACGCAAGAGGAAAGCACAGGAGAGUGAGGGUCUUCAUGAAGACUCCAGCAUGCCUUCAGUGAAAAAGAAAAAGAUUAAAUGAUAAGUGCUUUUACACUGUGACUGUCCUCACUUCCUUUCUUUUUUUUUUUUUUUUUUUUUUGCAUAAAAAGUGCCUCCAAAAGUGCCAAGAUUGUUUGUAUUAUUGUGUAAUAAUCUAAGGUAAAUAAUAAAGCAAAUAAUAUCA